AUUUAAACGUUUACUUAAAGUAUCAACACAAUUAGAUGAUGAAAUAUAUUCAAAUAAAAAACAACAACAAAUAUGUAUAGCUGAUGAACAACGUUUAAAACGUGAUGCAUCAGUACAAGAUAUUAAAAGUGUAAUACAAACAAUGAUCGAUAGUGUUAAAUCUGAUGUACAAGUAUCUGUUUAUGUUCUAUUUGUUACUAAAGAAGAUGCAAGAAAAAUAUUACAAGCUGUGAAAUUAAUUAGUAUAACACAUCGACCUGUUCUAAUUGCUAGUGAUGCAUGGGGUAAAGAAUCAUCAGUUGUAAUUCAAGGUGAUACUGAUGAAAUAGCUGUUGGAGCAUUGACGCUUGAACUUAUUUCAAUUCAACCAGUUAAUUUUGAUCGUUAUUUUAAUGCACUUAAACCUGACACAGAUAAAGAAUAUGAUGAAGAAUAUCUUGAGGAUCAAGUUAAUCCUAAUGAAAAAUAUAUGUUACCAAGAAAUCCAUGGUUCAAUGAAUUUUGGGAGCAUCGUUUUGGAUGUCGUUUAUAUUCAGGUGAUGAAUGUCGUGAACAUCAAUUAAAUGAAACAAAUUGGGAUAGUAAAUUACAAUUUAUUGUUGAUGCAACUUAUGUAUUUGCUCAAGCAUUACACAUGUAUUUUAAUUGUACAACAUCAACAUGUUAUAAUGUAUCAUUAAAUAGUAUUAAUGGUACAAAAUUAUUUAAAUUAAUUUUAGAAAAACCAUUUUCAAUGCCUGAUUUUCGACAAAUACAAUUUAAUUCUGAACGUUUCGUACCAGGUCAUUAUCGUAUCUAUAAUUAUCGUCGAUCAGAUUCAUCAUCAUCAUCAUCAUCCUUAGAUACAAAUGCAUCACCCUAUGAAUAUGUAUCUGUUGGUGAAUGGAAAGUUGGUCGAAAUGAAACUGGACAACUUAAUUUAGCUAUUGAUUCAAUUGUAUGGCCAAGUACAAAUAUUCAUAAUCCUUCAUCAAAAAUCAUACCUAUUUCACGUUGUUCAGAACCAUGUCGUGUAGGUGAAGUGAAACAAUUUCAAGGUGAUUCUUGCUGUUGGGUAUGUACACUAUGUAAUGAUACAUCAAUUGUAGUUGGUGCCGAAAAACAAGAACGUUGUGAACCAUGUUCUAUUGGUUAUUGGCCAACUGUAAAUCGAACAGCAUGUUAUAAACUUGAUGAAACUUAUAUUGAACUUUUUACUGUACAAGCAAUGGUACCAAUAAGUCUAUCAAUUAUUGGAAAUCUUUUAACUCUAUUUGUUGUUAUUGUUUUUUAUCAAAAACGAACAACACCUAUUGUUAAAGCAAGUGGAAAAGAACUUUGUUUUAUAAUGUUAGCAGGAAUUCAUUUAUGUUAUUCAAUGACAUUACCAAUACUAUUAAAACCACAUAUAAUUACAUGUAUUAUUCAACGUGUAGGUAUUGGUUUAGGUUUUGCAAUGAUGUAUGCAGCAUUAUUAACGAAAACAAAUUGUAUUGCACGAAUUUUUGCAAGUACAAAAAAACAAGGUCGAUUACGUCCUCAAUAUAUAUCACCAAACUCUCAAUUAUUUAUAUGUACAUGUUUAAUAAUGGUACAAGUUCUUCUUUCGUUAUUAUGGCUUGCAUACGAACAUCCAUAUGUUGAUUAUAUAAUUGAUGAUCGUUUAGUUAUACUUAAAUGUCAAAUGAAUAAACAUUCAUUUCUUUUUUCAUUAACAUACAAUGUUUUACUUGUACUUAUAUGUACAAUGUAUGCUAUACGUACACGAAAAGUUCCGGAAAAUUUUAAUGAAACAAAAUUUAUUGGUUUUACUUGUUAUACAACAUGUAUUCUUUGGUUAGCAUUUCUUCCAAUUUAUUUUACAGCUUAUGAAACUAGUCGUCAUCAAAUCCAUAUAACGACAUUAUGUGUAACAAUAUCUUUAUGUGCUACAGUUGCAUUAGCUUGUCUAUUUACGCCUAAAGUCUAUAUAAUACUUGUUCAUCCAGAAAAAAAUAUGCGUUUAGCUAAACAAUUAAAAGCUCAAGUAAGUAGCUUUAAAUUUACGUCACACCUUCCAGUAUCAAAAAAUUUUAUAUCCAAUGAUCAAAUGACAAAUUAUGAUAUAUCAAGUAGUGAUGGUCAAUCAAAAUCUGUUGUUAGUAAUGAUGCUGAAGAACAAUAUCAUCUAUUAGUAUCAGCAUCAAAAACUGUUUCAUUUAAAACAUUACCAGAUGAUUCUAAAAUAAUAAAUGAUAAACCAAAACAAAAAAUUCCAACUAUAAUAACAACAAGUGAUGCUGAAGAUUGUUUAAAUAAUGAAAAACAAACAUUAAAGUUAAAAAAAUAUCCUUAUGAAGAUAAUGAUAGUCUCAAUUCAAAUUCAUUGCAAGGUGAAGACAUUAUGAUUUAA